AACCCGGCGCCCCGGGAUCGAUCGCCAUUGGAUCCGAAUUGCCCAAGAGGCCCACCGAGAUCAGAUCCCAGGUAUGCGUGAACAGGGGAGACGAGCGAAACUGCACACCUGCUUAACAAGCCAUUCGCCCCGAAUGCAGUCCUUAAGAACCAAAGACUCGCUGCAUCAUUGUGCCAAAAGCACCCCUUGCUAUCUUUUGAUUCCUCCGCCCACCAAGACCAACUCACUGUAUUACCAAAAAAAGUCCGGUCACCGACACGUUCUAGUUUGUUUAGAAUGGCGAUCUCAUCAACCUACGAUGUUAUAGUCGUUGGCGGAGGUGCCGCCGGAAUCGGCGCUGCAGUCGGCGCGAAACAAGCGAACCCCAGCGCCCGGGUUCUCCUGGUCGAGUCCGAGGCGUGCCUGGGAGGAGCAGCCACUCAUCGAGGCGUGGUCUCGUAUUGCGGGCUUUAUACUUUGGAGGAGAAUGCGCGCGUUGCCGUCGGGCAGAUCUGGGGUCAGUUGCGGCGGAGGCUGCUUGAGGUGGCAGGUACCGCUGAGUCGCCCGUUCGACAUCGGGGGAUUUUUCAGGUAAUCGACCCUGAAUGCCUGAAACUGGUCUUGGACGAUCUGGUCACUGAGUACAAUAUCGAGGUUCUCCUACAUGCAACCGUCGUUGGAGCGCAACGCUCAGCGGUCAACGACACGUUAGUUUCUGUCGAUGUGCAGGAUCGAAGAGGAGCGCAUCGUGUGUAUGGACGUGCGUUCGUCGACUGUUCGGGGGAUGGAGAUUUGGCCUACCACGGCGGAGCAUCAACCAGACACGGUAACCAUGGCAGAGUCAAUCUCGGUUCAUUGGCCAUUCGAUUUGGUGGCGUGGCGGCAGAUGCGAACCCGACGGCUGCUAUGUGGCGGCAAGCUCUUGUCGAAGCAAAAUUGAAUACCAAGGGCAGUGGAUCAGUACUGAAAAAGGUGGACUCUGUCCUGAUCCGUCUGCCCCGGUCAGGACAUCUUGUAUGCUUCUUACCAACUGCUUGUUACGAUACGACAGACACGGCGAGUAUCACGCAGGCGGAAAUGUCUGCACGAAGACAGGCACAGGAAUAUUGCCGAGUAUUGCAGCAGCUUCCUGGACACGGGGAUAUGUACAUUGUGUCCACUGGUCCAAACUUUGGCACUCGAGAAAGUCGACAUGUUAAUGCGGUAUACCAAUUGACCAAGCAAGAUAUCACGACAAGGACCCAAUUCACAGAUGUUGUUGCGCUGGGCGCGUGGGCCGCGGAGUUUCAUGACGAGGACGAUCCAAACUGGGCCAGUACAUUUGAACUGCCGCCUGGCGGAUGUUUCGAGAUUCCGUUGGGUUGUUUGCAGAGCUCAGAUACGAGUAAUUUGUUUGUUGCUGGUAGAUGUGCGGAUGGAGAUCAAUAUGCUGCAAGCGCAAUUCGGGUCAUGGGUACUUCACUGGCAACGGGGCAAGCUGCAGGAGUUGCUGCCAGCUUUGUGGCUCAGAAGGGCACCGACUGGACAGUGCGAGAUGUUCAAGAGUGCCUUAAAGCGGCUGGGGCGUUUCUAGAUUCUUCCAAACUGCCCGCCGCACCGCCAAUAUCUUGAAUUACUCAGUAACUAAAGCUAUGACCCGUCCAAGUUCAGAGCAGCAUCAUUGUGGCACAGCCAAUUUUCCUUUGAACCACUCCACCCAUAAAAUAGUGAGUCUUUUUUUUUUUUUUUAAGGCGACAAUUGUUAGACUCCUGAAAUGUUGGCUGGCUC